AUGGGUAUUUGUUUUGUUUUUAUUGAAAAAGGGUUGAAAGAAGGGGCUAUGAAGGUGUAUGUGAGCAUGAGCUGUGAUUUGGUGGCCUUAUCGCUCUUGAUGAUCUCCUUAUGGUGCACCGAGGCCAUUGCACAGGCCACAAUGCAGCAAUUGGAGGUUCGACAGCUCCUGAAGCGAUUGAAUAAACCUAUCGUCAAGAGCAUAAAGAGCCCGGACGGAGAUAUCAUAGACUGUGUUCAUAUCUCUCAUCAGCCAGCCUUUGAUCAUCCUUUACUCAAAAACCACACCAUCCAGAUGAUGCCAAGCUUCUCCCCAUCAGGCCUAUACGAUGAGAACGAGGUGGCAUCAAAGAUGGAAAGUAGAUCCAUACCUCAGCUUUGGCAUCAAAAUGGGAGGUGCCCCGAGGACACCAUCCCUAUUAGGAGGACCAAGAAAGAUGAUGUGCUGAGAGCCAGCUCAGUUGAAAGAUAUGGGAAGAAGAGCCCGGGGACAAUCCCAAAUCCCACUCCUUCAUAUUCGCAAGUAUCUGUCAAUGGACAUGAGCAUGCGGUUGUUUUUGUGGAGGGCGGUAAGUACCUUGGAGCAAAGGCACUCAUAAAUGUGUGGAACCCCAUGGUGCAAGAGCGAAACGAGUUCAGUCUAAGUCAACUUUGGGUUGUUGCGGGUCCUUCAGAACAACUCAAUACCAUCGAAUCCGGCUGGCAUGUUAAUCCAGGUCUGUAUGGAGAUAAUAAAACAAGACUAUUUACUUACUGGACUAGCGAUGGUUAUCGUUCAACAGGCUGCUACAACCUAGGCUGCUCUGGGUUCAUUCAAGUCAACAAGGACAUAGCGUUGGGUGCCGUUAUCAGCCCUAUUUCUAGCUAUGGUGGACCCCAAUAUGAAGUCACUCUACUUAUUUCGAAGGAUCCGAAGUCAGGGAAUUGGUGGCUGCAGUAUGAGAAUCUAUCUCCAUUGGGCUACUGGCCUUCUUCCUUGUUCCGCUAUUUGUCAGAUAGUGCCUCCUUGAUAGAAUGGGGAGGGGAGGUUGUGAAUCUAAAAUUAAAUGGUCAGCACACAUCCACACAGAUGGGCAGUGGCCAUUUCCCAGGAGAAGGUUCUGGCAAAGCGAGCUACCUCAGAAACAUUCAAAUAGUUGACCAGUCCAACAAUCUUCAAGCUCCUCAAGGAAUAAAGAGUUUCAAUACAAGACCCACCUGCUAUGAUGUACACUCUGCCGACAAAGGUUACAUCUACUAUGGGGGUCCUGGUAGAAAUCCCAAUUGUCCAUAA